GGUAAAGCCUCCGAGCAGAGAGCCGAAGGAGCGCCUUCUCUCCCCCUUCGGCACUCUCUCUCGCUAGAACUACCAGUUCUAGACAGAGAAACCUAUACAUACGCGUUUAUAUAUAUAGAGGAAUAGAGAGAGAGAGAGGGAGAGAGGGAGGGGGAGGGAAAAUGGGCGGCGGGAAGAGAUUUGCUGUACUGCAAUGCGCGGAGGACUCUGACUACGUGAAGAAGAUGUACGAAGGGUAUUUCGGUGUUUUCGUGGGAAUGCUGGCGGAGGGAGGCGAGACCUGGGACGUCUACAGAGUCGCCGCCGGCGAUUUCCCCAACGACGAGGGGAUCGACGCCUACGACGGCUUCGUCAUCACCGGGAGCUGCAACGACGCACACGGCAACGAUCCGUGGAUCUGCAAGCUCCUCAAUCUCCUCAAGAAAUUGGACUCCAUGAAGAAGAAAGUUCUCGGCAUAUGCUUCGGCCACCAGAUAUUAGCCCGAGCAUUGGGAGGGAGGAUCGGCCGUGCCAUCUCAGGGUGGGACAUUGGAGUAAGAACCAUUCAUUUCUCGCCAUCAUCAAAGCUUCUUGCAUCUCUGAAAAUGCCCAAGCUGCUCCCCAUUAUUGAAUGCCACCAAGAUGAGGUAUGGGAGCUUCCAUCCAAAGCAGAGGUUCUGGCAUGGUCGAGUAAGACUGGGAUUGAGGUAUUUAGGUAUGGCGAUCACAUGAUGGGGAUCCAAGGUCACCCGGAGUACACAAAGGACAUUCUUCUCCACCUCAUUGAUCGCCUUCUGCAGCGUAAUUUCAUCAAGGAGUCUUUCGCCGAAGAAGUGAGGGCUAAUGUGGAGGUUUGUGAGCCAGACAGGGACGCCUGGAAGAAGCUCUGUUUGGGCUUUCUCAAGGGUAGAUUGUUGUGACAAAUCUCCUAGUAAUCUUAAAAGAAAAAGAAUAAGAAGAAGAUCAAUAUUUGUAAAUAUGACCCAUCUAGGCGCAACAGAUGUGGCAUUGUAGCACCAUUUUAUGUCAUCAAAUUGAUGACAAGAAUUGACAAUCUCAAGUUACAUCAUUAUUAUGAAUGGGAUGUUCUAUGCUUCUUUUACAA